AUGCACUCGCGUCGACCCGAAACCUUGAAGAUUGACAUCUCCAAGUAUAGGGGAGUCGAAGAGGACUCCCUCUUGAGAUGGUUCGUCGAAUUAGACGACGCCAUAAGGGCGCGUCGCAUCGACGACGGGGAUAUGCAAGUUGCAUUUGCCCAGUCAAAUCUGGCAGGACGUGCCAAGACUUGGGCACUGGGGCUCAAGUUGCACGACCCAUAUGCGUUUGGGUCGUUGGAAGUCUUCAAGUCGCGGCUCAGACAAACGUUUGAACCGCCUAGAGCUCAGUUCAGAGCUCGAACUGAACUCUUGAAGCUCAAGCAGGGUAAGCGUGAUGUGCACGCUUACGCGCAACAUAUACGACAUCUCACGAGUUGUAUAAGUUCCAAUCCGGUGGAUGAACACACGUUGGUUUCGGUGUUCAUGCAGGGUCUUGCGGAUGGUCCCGUCAAGACUCACCUGUUCCGGCUUGAACUAGAUUCACUAGAACAAGCCAUUUCCAUUGCGGAGCAGGAAGACUUCAGUCUAAGACAGGCUCGCGCCACUCGACAUCAUAUCGUCAACCGAGACGAUAUGACAGCGGAGGUCCAGAGCCGAUGGAACUCUGUUAUGUAG